CUGGUGGUGUGAGUGCAGGGUUCACUUAUCCCGUAGUCAACAUGGCAUCCGAGGGUCCGGUCACAGGGGCACAGAUCAUUGCAGAAGCCUUGGCUGCACAAAAUGUGAAGUACAUGUUUGGUAUUGUUGGGAUUCCUGUGAUUGAAAUAGCUAUUGCCGCCCAAACAGUAGGAAUCAAGUAUGUUGGCAUGAGAAAUGAGCAAGCGGCAUGCUAUGCUGCAUCAGCCGUGGGAUAUCUUACAGGCAGACCUGCUGUGUGCCUCGUGGUGUCUGGACCCGGUCUCAUUAAUGCUCUCAGUGGGAUGGCAAAUUCUAAUAUGAACUGCUGGCCUCUGAUUGUCUUAGGUGGGUCCUCUGAUUCUAGCCAGGAAACAAUGGGAGCAUUUCAAGAGUUUCCUCAGGUGGAAACAUGUCGAUUGUACAGUAAAUUCACCACCAGACCCAGCAGCUUGGAAGCUAUACCCAUUGUUAUUGAGAAGGCUGUAAGAACAAGUAUGUAUGGCCGUCCUGGUUCUUGCUAUGUAGACAUACCUGGAGACUUUGUAAAUAAGAUGGUUGAUAGGAGUGAAGUCAGGUACACAACUUGCUGUUUACCGUGUCCCAUCAGCCUGGCUGACCCUUUAGAAGUACAGAAAGCAGUUGUUGCGCUGAAAAAAGCGCAAAACCCCCUGGUUAUAAUAGGAAAAGGUGCUGCUUUUUCGCGUGCAGAGAACACUAUACAAAGACUAGUAAAUGAAUGUGGACUCCCAUUUUUAGCAACUCCGAUGGGUAAAGGUGUGGUACCCGAUAAUCAUCCAUUUAGCGUUGCUGCUGCCAGAUCCAGUGCAUUGCUGCGUGCAGAUGUUAUACUGCUACUGGGUGCCAGACUGAACUGGAUUUUGCACUUUGGUCUUCCACCACGGUUUCGGCCAGAUGUGAAGAUCAUUCAAGUUGACAUUUGUCCAGAGGAGCUUGGCAACAACGUUAAACCUGCAGCAAGUCUCCUGGGUGAUGUUAAUGCAGUGACUCAGCAGCUUUUAGAUGAGUUGCUAAAGAGCACUUGGAAGUAUCCGCCCACUACAGGAUGGUGGAAAGACUUAAAAGCAAAGAUAAAAGCCAAUGAAGAAAACUCAAAGGCUUUAGCUUUACAGACAACCGUUCCAAUGAACUACUAUACUGUAUUUCACCACGUGAAACAGGUGUUGCCUAACGAUUGCAUUAUUGUGAGUGAGGGAGCAAAUACAAUGGACAUUGGACGAACUGUACUCCAAAACUUAAAUCCGCGUCACAGAUUAGAUGCUGGUACAUUCGGCACAAUGGGAGUUGGCUUGGGAUUUGCCAUAGCAGCUGCCAUGGUAGUAAAAGAUGAGAGCCCAGAAAAGAGAGUGGUCUGUGUGGAGGGGGACAGUGCCUUUGGUUUCUCUGGCAUGGAAGUUGAAACGAUCUGCCGGCACAAUCUACCCAUUAUCAUUAUUGUGGUGAACAAUAAUGGAAUUUACAAUGGGUUGGAUGAAGGUACUUGGAAUGACAUGAUAAAGGCUGGAGACCCAGCUUCAAUCACACCUCCUGUAUCUUUAUUGCCAAAUGCUCGUUAUGAGCAGGUAAUGACGGCCUUUGGUGGGAAAGGAUACUUUGUGCAGACACCUGAGGAACUGCAGCAGGCGCUGAAAGCCAGCUUCGCGGAGAAACAUCUUCCAUCUCUGAUCAAUGUCAUGAUCGAUCCUCAGUCAGACAGGAAGACUCAGGAGUUCCACUGGCUGACUCGGUCUAACCUGUGA